CAACUAUAAAAAAAAAGAAAAAAAAAAGAAAAAAUAUCGAAUUAUUUUACUCUAUCGUUAUUAAUAUAAAUACCUAACUUCACUUUGUCAUAUCCUUCGUUUAUCAUAGAUCUUUUCUUCAUCGUUAUACUAUAUUCAUCGUAUUAUACUUAUCGAGUAACUUGUGAUGUUAAUUCAACCGUAUAACUCAUCGUUACGAAAGGAAUUAUGUACGAUAAAGGAGGACGUUGAGAGGAAGGAAGAGAACGAGAGCGAGAGAGAGAAACAUAACUUCGAAUCUGCAGAGAGCAGGAAGAUUUCAUCAUCGGACCGCGUAUACAGUGGAAAUAUUGUCGUCGAAUCAUCCAACGAAAGAUGCAUCUUGCUUGCAUCGAGUUUUAAAAGAAGAGACAGAGCUACAGAAGAAGAAGAAGAAGAAGAAGAUGAAGAUGAGGAGAAAGAGGAAGAGAAAAAUAUGAAGGAGAAGCCACAGCAAGAAGCCAUUCUAAUUGUCGUACCGACGAAUAAUCGAAUUACCGUCGAUCAUUCCACCAAACGAAAUCCAAUAGACAUCGUAAAACUACAGGCUAACUAAAGAAGUCUCGAAACAUUCGACUCACCCUGUAUUAACCAACGUAAUCUCUUAUUACCAUUCAACGUAAUCAAUGACAUAAAAUUGAUGCAUAAUGAAUCAAAUGCGAUAAUUUCUUUUUUCUUUUCUUCAUAGGAUCAAAAAUGAAU